GCAGAAAAAUCCAGUAUAAAAAAUUACUCAUUUUGUUGUGUAUUUUCUUGCAUUUAUGCAUGUUUACACACAGGGGCGGACUGACAACUCAUGGGGCCCCCGGGUAAUAGGGGAUCAUGGGGCCCCUGGGUUCUUGCCCAAACUCAAAAAAGCCUAUGAAAAAGGUACCAGGGGCAUCUCAUGGGGCCCCCUACUGACCCUAGGCCCUCGGGUAGUACCUAAGCUUCCAAAUGGUCAGUUCGCCCCUUGCAGUGUCUGUGCUUUUUAUUAG